AUGGAGGAGGAUAUGGAACUUGUUCCGAUUAUCGAUGUUCCUGAUACCCCAGAUAGAUCAAACGUUAGAAACAAUGAUCGAAAAUGUGUAGGUAAUCCUGAGAACAGGGAGAGGGCUUUUCCUAUUGCUGGUGAACUGAGUAACUGCAGCAAGUAUAUAAUAUUGUCCCCUGAUAAGCCUUAUCCUUCUCAAAAGCCUCCCAUAUUUAGGAGAGCCCAGACUGAGAAAGUUUUUGGACUUGGAACAUCACACUCUAGUGGAGCUGAAAAGAUGGAGAAGGGGAAAACUGUAAGCUCUAUGAUUCCUUCUAAGUCAUCUCACCAUGGGGGCAUUCCUGUUUUCGAUUUGACUGAAGAGAAUGGGCAGUUGCCACAAUCAAAGCCAGCUGUCUUACAUCGUGGAUCAAGAGAUAACAUAAUUGAAGACAAGAAAGAAUUGAAAGCAAGUAUUGGGAACUCCUCGUUACCCUUAAUCACUGAUUUUUCUAAUAAAUCUAGAAAUGACGCCACUGGAAAGUGUAAACUGGAUAACAAAACACUUCCAGGUCCUCGUCUAUUAAUGGACCGUGGCAAGAGCAUUUCUCUGUCCAAUGAUUCUCAAUCUCAAUCAAAAGGUGAAAAUCAAGUUUCUUUGCCUCCUCGUUUGUCCACUGCUCCAGGAGGUAGAGGGCACAAGAGAUUGGUACGAAAUGGUUGCAUUUUACCACAAAAUAUUGCAACAAGGGCAAAACAAUCAGCUGAACAAAGCAGCUCUGAAACCAAUAAUGUUGAACAGAUCCGUACUGGGCAUUCAGUUUCUAGCAAUACAGUGUCUCCUAUUAGUGUUGAUGAUAUUGUUGCUGAAGAUAGAGUCCGUGGUAGAAUGAAAGGAAAGGGGUUACUGAUUUAUCCUUCAUCACAUGGAACUAAUGCUGGAACUAUUCACAUCGAUAGCAGCAGCCCCGUGGCCAAUUAUGAAGAGGCAAGUGGUAGCUUUAAUAAACCAAGAAAUUCAUUUGAAAACCGGGAGAGACAAGGUGGUUGGAGAACUACACAUAACGGUCAACACUCGUAUGGUGUGAAUGGGCAUCAUUCAAGGAAUAAUUAUAAUGGUGAGAGAUUUGUUCACAAACAUAAUACGAACAGACUGGACAGAAGUGACACUGGGAGCAGUCAAAAUGGUAAGCAUAUUUCUGGCUCUCUAUCUGAUCAUACACCUCAACCUGCUUCGCUGAUUAAUCCAGAUGUUGGUCAGUCAACUAGACCUAGUAUUACGGCUGACUCGCUGACUAAAAGGCAAAGGAAACCUGAAUCAUCUUCUAGAUAUCCUAAUGUAGCAUCUCAAAACUUUGGAACUAUAGUCGUCAAUUCAUCUGGGGAAUCAUCAAGUUCAUCCCAAAGCCGUGUCUUGGCUCCUGAAUUUGUUGAGUUGUUAUCCAUACCAAGUUUCACCAAUGGACAUAUUGAAGGUGUAAAUGACAAUGACAACAAUAGUUUGGUUGCCCGGGAAAUGCAAUUAGAAGCAGAUGAGAUAUUGGCACGUGAACUCCAAGAACAACUGUAUAAUGAUGAUUAUUUUGAAAGCAGUUGGAUUGAUGAACAUUUAGCACUCCAGCUGCAGGAUGCAGGGGAUAUUCUGCCCACAUCUUCUGAUAAUCAUCAGAUACCUCAUCCUACACGGAUUUCGAGGGGAAAUAGACAACUUCGUUUACGAACUCAUCAAAAUCCUUCAAGUAGGAGAACUUUACCCCAAGUUCCUCUCUCUAAUAGAGCCUCACAAAUGAGGAGCCGCAUGGCAACUAGAUCGUCAAGACCUACCGCAUCAUCUAGAGGAAGACGCCCCCGGUUUCCUACAGAUAUGGACCUAGACAUGAGACUUGAUAUAUUGGAAGCAUUAGAGGAAGCAGUAGGGGAUUUUAAUGACAUGGGAAUGGCUGAUAACAUCCUUAAUGGUCAUCGUGAUUUCAAUGAAAAUGAUUAUGAAAUGUUAUUGGCGCUUGAUGAUCAAAACCACCAGCAUACCGGUGCAUCUACCAAUCUGAUCAAUAGCUUGCCUCAGUCCACCGUCCAGAAUGACAACUUCACAGAGAAUUGUGCCAUAUGUAUUGAGACCCCUGUCAAGGGCGAUAUUAUUCGCCACCUUCCUUGUUUGCAUAAAUUUCACAAAGACUGUAUUGAUCCUUGGCUUGGUAGGAAAAGGUUGUGCCCGGUCUGCAAGUCAUCAAUCACCUAG